UUGCGAAACUGUCAAAUUGGUACAAAUGAUAGUAGUAAGAACUGGUGUUUUUUAUUUAUUUAUUUUCUCAAAUAAAUGUGUUUUUCGUUAAUAUUUAGACUUUAUAGAAAGCUAUAGUAUUCAUAAACAUUUGAUCAAUUCAUUUCGCGUUCCGAGUAAGUGAACAUAAUAUAAUAACUACUUGAAAAUGGAAGAUAUAUUUCAGUGGUGCAGAGAAGGUAAUGCUCUUCAAGUGAGAGUUUGGCUUGACGAUACUGAACAUGAUAUGAAUCAGGGUGAUGAUCAUGGAUUCAGCCCUCUCCACUGGGCGUGCAAAGAGGGCCACCUCAAGAUUGUGGAGAUGCUCAUCCGAAGAGGUGCUCGGAUCAACGUUACGAAUAUGGGGGACGAUACACCUUUACAUUUGGCUGCUGCUCACGGACAUAGGCCGAUAGUGCAGUUGCUCCUACAAAACCGCGUAGAUGUGAACUUUACAAAUGAGCACGGCAACUCUCCGCUUCACUACGCUUGCUUCUGGGGGUACAGCGCGAUCGCAGACGAUCUGGUGCAAGCCGGGGCUCUAGUAUCGCUCGCCAACAAGGAUGGGGACACGCCACUUGAUAAGACUCGGGGGCAACUCGUGCAAAGGCUCCACGAGAUGGCGAUCAACCAAGGCCAAGACCUCAAGAAGAUCCAGUUCAAGGACCAAUCAUGGCUUGGCAUGAAGACCAGGAGUAGGGACGCCACUCUUUCCCGCCACAAAGGCAUUAACAUCAACGAGUUGGCGCUGCAUACACUGAUGGCUACUACACCUUCAGGUGAGACUUGGCACGGGAAGUGGCAGAAAAAUGACAUUGUCGCUAAAAUAUUGGCCGUGCGCGAGUGUACGCCGCGCAUACAACGCGAUUUCAACGAGGAAUUUCCCAAACUGAGGAUAUUCUCUCAUCCGAAUAUCUUGCCUGUGGUCGGAUGCUGCGUAUCACCUCCGUCUCUAGUCGUAAUCUCCCAAUACAUGCCCUGGGGCUCUCUCUACGAAUUACUCCACGGUUCUGGGGGUAGGAGGGUGGUGGUGGACGCCUCGGCCGCAAUCAACAUCGCCCACCACGUGGCCAGUGGCAUGGCGUAUCUACACUCUCUGCAGAGAGACAGAGACCAUCAGCUGCCUACUUAUCAUCUGAACAGCAAGCACAUUAUGAUCGACGAAGACAUGACCGCCCGCAUCAACAUGGCGGACGCCAAGUUCUCGUUCCAGGAGCGCGGGCGCGUGUACCAGCCCGCGUGGAUGUCCCCGGAGGCGCUGACCAAGCCGGCGGGCCGCAGGAACUGGGAGGCGGCCGAUAUGUGGAGCUUCGCCGUUGUGCUGUGGGAGCUGGCCACUAGAGAGGUGCCAUUCGCAGACCUGUCGCCAAUGGAGUGCGGCAUGAAGGUGGCGCUGGAAGGGCUGCGCGUGUGGAUUCCCGCGGGAGUGUCGCCGCACAUCGCCAAGCUGAUCAGGAUCUGCAUGAACGAGGAUCCCGGGAAACGGCCCUCCUUCCAGAUGAUACUGCCCAUAUUGGAGAAAAUGAAGAAGCAGUGAGUAGGAAUAAUAAAAGAAAAUAUGUAAUACAUGCAACUAAAGAACCGUCGUAAUA